AUGGGCCUUUCAGUUAUGUCACCAAACACUUCAUGUGAUUCAAUUGAAAUAAAGAGUUAUACACAAUUACAUAUAAAUUCACCAUUCUUGGAAUCAUUACCACUAUCAAAAUUAUAUACAAGUGAAAACGCUAAAGUAUGGAUGAAAAUAGAUGCCGUUCAACCAUCAGGAUCAUUCAAAAUUAGAGGUAUUGGUUUAUUAUGUAAUAAAGUUGUAAAUGAAAAGAAUGUUAAACACCUUAUUUGUUCAAGUGGUGGUAAUGCAGGUAAAUCAGUAGCAUAUGCUGGACGUAAAUUAGGAAUUAAAACUACUAUAGUUUUACCAACUACUAUACCAGAAGAAACUGUAGAAAAAAUUAGAGAUGAAGGAGCAAAUGUUAUUGUACAUGGCAAUAUUUGGGAUGACGCUGAUAGCUUAGCAAGAGAAAUCGCAUUAAAAGAAGGCUUAGAUGGAUAUAUUCACCCAUUUGAUAAUCCAACACUUUGGGAAGGUCACACUACGAUUAUAGAUGAAAUUUAUCAAGAUGUUUCAAGAGGUAUUUCACCAAAACCAGAUGUUAUUUUAUGUUCAGUUGGUGGUGGUGGUCUUUUAAUUGGUAUUCUUAAAGGUUUAGAAAAAUAUAAUUGGUCUGAUAUCCCAAUUAUAACCGCUGAAACUUAUGGUUCACAUAGUUUUUGGAAGAGUCACAAAGAAAAUAAAUUAACAAAAUUAGAAAUUUCAGAGGUAACAAGUACAAUUAAAACUUUAGCAACUAGAUCAGUUUGCUCAGAAGCUUUUGAAAUGUCAAGAAGAUUUAAAAUCAUUCCAAUAUUAGUUAGUGAUAGAGAAGCUGUUGAAGCUUGUCUUAAAUAUGUAGAUCAAGAAAGAAUUUUAGUAGAGCCAGCAUGUGGCGCCAGUUUAGCUAUUUUAUAUAAAAAACCAACAGAAUUAUUAAAUUUAAAUCCAAAAAAUAUUUUAACAAUUGUUUGUGGUGGAAAUGGUACCAGUAUUUCAUCAUUAAAUAAAUCAUUACAAACAUUACCAAUUUUAUAAAUCAAUAUUUAAAAAUAAUUAAAAAUCAUAUAUUAAAACUAUUUAAUAAAUUAUUAGAAAGAAAAAAAAAUAAAUAGUUAUUUUUUUAUUUAAUUUCGUCAAAACCC